UAUUCGUAUUGUAAUUUAACUUAGAAGCAGCACGAUUUAAACGGAAUUAAGAAAAAAGAAUUCUUUCAACAUGUCGUCCAACGAUGAGACGCCAACGGGCAGUGCAAAACCAAAAAACUCUCAAACCUCAUUCAAUAAAUAUAACAAAGAUUCCAGAUCCGAGAGUCCAGCACCCAGUCGAGAUGUAGCUACUUCUGCGCGUCGGAAACAUAAAAAGAACAUAAAGAGCGAGCAACCAGUGCGAAUCAAUAUGAUCGUUGAGACUGAUGAGUUAUUAAUGCUAAAUCGAGAGUCCCAACAGACUGAGUACAAGGGUAUUGUGAGAAUGCCACAAAAUGGAGAGAAUUAUACGCUGGAAGGCCAACAUCGACGAUAUUAUCCAGAUUGCGAAUAUCAUUUUCCAUUUACUAGACCUUGGCAAAGGAUGGUAUACGAUGGUAUUCAGAACAAAUACUUUUCGCGCCAGGCCAAAAAUUGGCGCUGCCUGGCAAUUUAUCUUGCCGGUUUCUUACUAUUUUUUCUUACCGUUAACAUGACAAUGUUUCACCAUCUAGCGGAUCGGCUUAACAUGGCAACACCAGUGAUUAAAAUGUCGCAGCCAUAUCUAAGUUUUGCACCAGUCGGCACAAAGCCCGCCCACAAACUGAUUGAAUAUAAUCCAGAUAAUGCCACAGAUAUCCAGACCAUGCGCAAGAAACUACAUGAUUUUCUGUUAAAACACGGCCGUGCAAAAGGUCAAAUUAAACGCUUUGGGCCCUGCCAGGAGGACAAUAAUUUUGGCUAUGAUACGCAGCAGCCGUGUGUUUUCCUCAAAGUCAAUCGUUUGCUUGGCUUUCACACAAAACCAUAUAAGCAUAGCGAAGACGUGAUUAGAGAUAAGUUAGCUCAUAAUGAUUAUGCAAGCCUCGAUAUGUUGCUAAGAAUUAGAGUAAAUGAGACGGAGCGUAAGGAUCGCAUUUGGUUAACGUGCACAUCUUGGCCAAAUAAGCGUGCCGUAGUUGAGUACUAUCCGGAGCCGGCUUUUAAAACGAGAUACGUUGAUGCGGAUCAGUUUACCGAUAUCAAAUUGUACAAUGAGAAAAUCACAUUUCAAGGCAAAAGCGAUAUGAAUCGCCUAGUGGCACUCAAAAUAAAACAUCUGCAGCUGAAUGAAAAUAAUCGCUUCAACUGCAAAAUGUGGGCAUUUAAUAUAGGACACUCUCAUUCACAUGUCGGGCAGGUUCACUUCUAUAUUCGAAUCAAAAAGACAAAUUCGAUUUUGGAUAAAAAUCAGGGGAUUAAUGUAUAAUAGGGCGAGUACGUACUCUAUCUGAAAUGUGA